UGGUGGGGUGCUCGUCGCCCAUGGGCUCCCCUUGGCGAGGUCUUACAGCGUCGUACUGGGCGUGUGCACCCUCUAGGUUCCCGCACGCGGUGGCGCUGGGCAGAGCUCAGGGUGACUGUAGCGGUGGGGAAGCUGGGCGGCGGCUGCCGCGCGGCGGUGUCGCACGCCUGCUGGCGUCACUCGUAGCGGUACAGCCGCAGUCUGCAGCCAGGAUGAAACAGUUCUGUUUUCACUAAGAGUAUGGAGUUCUUGUAGUGGCUCUGUGUCCCGCGGCUUCGAUAAGCGCUGGGAGGACGGGAGCCCGCCUCCCCGCUUGCUGGGCUCAGCUGCCUCUUAGGCGCUGUUCCAGGAGGCGCAGCCCCGGGACCUCCUCACGCCCUUUUACUGAUGGAGGGAAAAAAAAGAGGUUCCCUGGGUCGGGGAAGAGUUACUGCCUGACAGGCUAUCCGCUUUUCCCAAGGAGCUUGCGCGGGGGCUCCCUUAUCCAGCGGAAUGGUACCCGGCCGCUGCUACACCGAGCGGCCAAAAGGAAUCAGUGCUUCCGUAUGACAGCAUCCACUGCGGGGCGGAAGCGCUUCCGAGGACGGCCCUUUCCGCCGGAAGCCGGCCUCACCGAGAUGGCGGCGUCCGGGUGCCCCUGAGCGGAGGUGACUGCAGCCCGAGGCCGCGGCGGGCACCGGCUCCCCAUGGCGCUGAGCAGCCGCCUGCUGCCGGCCGCCCGGCUCCGAGCACGUGGAGCGGGUAUUAAUUUUGCAUCAACUACAGCCAGUCUCAAAGCAGAGACUGAAGUGGACACAAGCGAAAAUGAGAUUGUUGCCCCAGAGUUCACUAACAGGAAUCCUCGGAACCUGGAGCAGUUGGCCCUGGCUAGGAAGGAGCGUGGCUGGAAAACAACAUGGCCAAAGCGUGAAUUCUGGCAUAGAUUACGGCUUGAGCGGACGCAGCAUUAUGUAGAAGCCUUCGUUGAGCGCUGUAAUGGGGACAUUGUGGUAUCUGCCUCUACCCGAGAGUGGGCCAUAAAGAGACACCUGUAUAGCCCCAAGGGAGUAGCGGCGUGCCAAAACCUCGGCCGUGUAAUGGCACAGCGCUGCUUGGAAGCAGGAAUCAAUUUUGUGAACUUUAAAGCUGUUAUCCCCUGGGAGUAUCGUUGUGACUCGAUUCAGGCAUUUGAAAAAGCUGUGCAGGAGGGUGGUGUCGUUCUGCGUGAACCACGAAGAAUCUAUAAGUAGAUGGAGACUGUUGGGAAAACUUUCCAAAGAACAGCGAACGCUUCUUCAGGUGUGUGUAGAGGCACAGUGAAAGUCCAGCGCUGGGAGAAACUUGAAAUGUGACAUCUUAUAAUAAAAUGUUCUUAAAGGUGUGGAAGUGUGUCACAUUCUUGAUUUUGAAAUCUUCAAUGCCCUUAUUUUAAGGCUAGAAUAAACUGUUACAGUUCAACCUGACAGACUAACAGAAUUCACUUCUGAAUUCAAUAAUUUUAAAGUAUAUUUUAUCUUUUUUUGUAUUUGAUUUUGUGUUUGCUCUUUAUAAACACCUUGAAAUGCUUGAUCCAGCAAAAUGCAGUCAUUUAUGUGAAUGUUCAGAACCGUAAUAAAGUUAUGUGCUAAACUUGAUAAAAACAUUAAAUUCCCCGAAUUCAUCCUUGCA